GCCAGACUGAAAAUGGCAACUAUGCUAUAGUAGUUGCCAGACUAAAAGAUGGCGGCAUGCCAUUCAGUAGGUGGUGCGAAGUGAGAUCAGGUUUUCUGCGUGUUGUUUUGGUGACCACACCGCCUGAUCCCAGGCUUUCUGGAAGUUUCUGGACUGCGAUUGGUGUGUCUGGCACAUGCAGUUUGCGGACGGGGCAACCGGGUAGUAGACAUGUUCGGAUGCUUGGUGGCCGGGAGGCUGGUACAGACAGAUGUUCAACAGGUAGCUGAAGAUAAAUUUGUCUUUAAUUUGCCUGACUAUGAGCACAUCAACCAUGUGGUGGUGUUCAUGCUGGGUACAAUCCCAUUUCCCGAGAGAAUGGGAGGCUCUGUCUACAUUUCCUACCCUGACCAAAGUGGGAUGCCUGUCUGGCAGCUCCUUGGCUUCAUCACAAAUGAAAAACCCAGUGCUAUAUUCAAAAUUUCAGGCUUGAAAUCUGGUGAAGGAAGCCAGCACCCAUUUGGAGCAAUUGGUGCUAUGAAUAUUCCUCAGGCUCCAACCGUGGCACAGAUAGGGAUCUCUGUAGAAUUACUAGAGCAGUUGGCCCAACAAACUCCAGUGGCCAGUGCUGCUGUGUCAAAUGUGGAUUCAUUUACACAGUUCACACAGAAGAUGUUAGAUAAUUUCUAUAAUUUCGCAACAUCGUUUGCAGUAUCACAGGCCCAGAUGACGCCUAACCCAUCAGAAGUUUUUAUACCGGCAAAUGUUGUCCUCAAAUGGUAUGAGAACUUUCAAAGGCGUAUGACACAGAACCCUUUCUUCUGGAAGACGUAAAUAAAGAUGCACUCAAAAUGCUUCUUAAUGGGAGAACAUCAAGUGCUUCAGUUAACCCUUUUCAUUGCUGGUCAGAUUUUGCCCAGCACAGGUGUAAUCAUCAAAGGCACAGUUGUAUGUCUUUAAUGCAGCAAUCGUUUGGAAAAGAUACUGAUUUCUGUGAAUUUUUGGCUGCUCCAAAAGCAAUGCCUUAUAAUACGUAUUGUGAGGGUUUAAUAAUUACCCUUGGUUUAAGGAUCUCUUUUUCAAUAAAUAUAUUAUUAAACCUG